AUGCUACACAACCUCUCACAACCAGCUCAGGAGAAAGACAACAACAGAGAAAUGCCUAAAACACCUAGUGUAUCAGAAGGUAGAGAAAAGCUACCACAGAAAAGACUGAGAACCAGAAAGAUGAUCAUGUCUGAUGUCCUGAAAAGCUGGAGGCAGAAAAUCAGCAAGGCUGCUGAACUGGCUCAGGCUGAAGAGUCCUCGAGGAAUCCCCCUAUAUUCCAUCAGUCCUUGGUAGAAAAUGUAAUCUUACAAGUUUCUAAGUUUGGUGGAACCACAGUGGACUCCCAAGAUCCUGGGCAGCAGUCCAAAGUAUCUUCUAUGUUGAAUUAUACAGCCAUAAUGAAGAAUACACACCUGCCACAAAUUCAAUGCAAAACAGAUAUUCAGACCACCAGUGUUAAUAAAACUGUUUUUCCACAGUUUAAAUUCCCUAUAAAUAAGGAGGGGAAGCCUAUUAAAACGAUCAGAGAUAGUGAAUCCAAUGGAACUGGGAAAAUCUUUAGCAGCAAGAAGAUGCAGAAGCUGGAUAUGUUUUUGCCCAAGAAAGGGAAAAGCAAGAGACACGGUAGUUCAUUAAUGAGCAGAAGGGCGCCAGAGCUAAAGACAUGCAACAGUGUUGAAACUGGCCUACCAGUAUCCAAGAAAGGAAGAAAUGUUGGGCCCCAUGAGGAUUCGGCACACUGGUUUGAUUCGAGUGAUAUUGAGAAGAUGAAAAUGUUAGCUAACGGUGCGGUGAUUGCAAAGGCACAUAUACCAGGCCACGGACAAGUGAUCAAAGUAGGCCUCAGCCUUCAUUCUCCUAUGGUAGUUGAUGACCUCAUGGAGUAUUGUCAGCAGGGACCUUGUGGUCUGAUAAAGCGGCCCAGUGAUCUCAAUGAAGUGCUGGCUUUCCACUUGGACAGAGUACUGGGUCUAAACCGGAGUCUGCCUGUUGUAGCCAGAAGAUUCAGUGAAGAAUUGCUGCCGUAUAGUUACACAAAUGGAGCAGUUAGGCCAAUUGUUUGGUGGGAUGCAGACGUUCAGCAUAUGGAUGACCCUGACAAUGACCAAAAUUCAUUUGCUCUGAGCUGGUCUCAGUACCAGGCCGUGCUGAGACAGGAAUGCAACAUUGACAAGGCUCAUGGAAAUCACAGCCAGCCCUGCCCUAGUGUGAGACACUCUGAGUGGGGCAUGUUGGCUCUCUUUGAUUUUCUAUUACAGGUUCACGAUCGCCUGGAUCGCCACUGUUGUGGUUUUAACCCAGAAACCUCUGAACCCUGUGUGGAAGAUCUGUUACAUGAACAGUGUGACAACCUUAAGGAGCAGCUCCUUGUCCAUAUCCUGGUUCGAAAACACAAUCCAUCUCAGCUCAUCUACAUAGACAAUUCCGGAAGACUUCUUCAGGCUCAAGACAACCUCAACUUCAGACUGUUGGAAGGCAUUGAUGAGUUUCCUGCGCGUGUGGUCAAACUCUUACGGUCCGGAUGCUUACAGAGCAGAUUGUUGAGAUCCCUGAGUACGGACAGGGAGUUCUGGGACAGCCACCAUGGGAUCAAAGGACUAAAGAAGUUGGUUCAGGUCAUAGAAAAAAGGGCUCAGCUACUGCUCAACUACAUUCAGGAGAAAGACAUCAAAUUAGUUCAUGACUAAUGGAAAGACAACAUGUCUGUAAUGAUGCAUUGCUCCAGUUUGAAAACUGGAGCUGGGUAGUUAAACUUAGGAAUUAAUUGAUUAAUUCUUAUUUUCCACAUGUGAUGGGAUUCCUGCUAUGAGUAGAGUCAAAUUCACCAUCCCAGGCUUGCUGAAAAUUUGCUUUAAUGCACAUGACUGCACUGACUGCUCACCAAGUUUUCUCCAAGGCAUGCGGAAGGAAAAGACAUAAACCUGCAAAGCUAAAUACUGCAGAUGCUGGAAAUCUGGUGUAAAAACAAAGAAUGUAUAAAUGUUCAGCAGUCCUGAGAGGACAUUCACUCUACUGCUUUUGUUUAACCCCCUCACCUUCGCCCAACUCUCCAUUGUUCGGGCUUUGCAGCUGAGUCCUCAUCCCAGGUAGGGAUGGAGGUUUGGGUCCGGGCGAAAGGCAGUAAAAUCAAACAGGCUGAGCCAGUCAAAGAUAGUAAUUAAAAUUUGCUGUUGUAUUUGAAAUUUCUGCAAACUGCAUUAAACUAAUUGCUCUGUGAAUGAUUUCCAGAAUCAGAAU